GAGCAGAGCUAUAAGGUCUGUGGAGUCAGAUAAGAAUGCUUAUACACAUUAUUGAGAUUCAACAAGCACUGGUAAAGAGUUUAUGCAUCCUAAUGAAGUUAAGAUUUUGAAUAAGAUAAAAGCCAGAUAAGUUUCUUUGUUUGAAGACACUGAUAUUUCCAUCAGCUCGUUGCUUCAGAGCCAUGGUGUCUGUUGGGGCUACUCCUAGCCUGAAUUUGAUGGAGGGCUUGACUGGGGUCUAUUUGGACCUGUCUAUGUUGAACUUUUUAUAAAUCCAAGUUUCAAAUGAUGAAGUCUUACAUUUGGCUUCAAACUGCCGAUGGUUCAGUUCAACAAGUAGAAGAAGAGGUUGCUGUGUUUUGCCCUAUGAUAUGCCGGGAAGUAAUUCAGACAGGCAUGGGAUCUUCCAAAAACUAUGCUAUAUCACUUCCACAACGAGUCAAUCCUGCUAUCUUGGGCUUAGUUCUUGAUUACUGUCGAUUUCACCAUGUACCAGGUCGUUCUAAUAAGGAAUGCAAAAAUUUUGACGAGAAGUUUAUUCGGAUGGAUACGAAAAGGUUAUGUGAGUUGACGUCUGCAGCUGAUAGCCUCCAAUUGAAACCUUUAGUUGAUAUCACAAGCCGAGCACUUGCUCGAAUUAUUGAAGGAAAAACUCCUGAGGAGAUACGUGAAACAUUUCAUUUACCUGAUGACCUAACAGAGGAGGAGAAGUUAGAGCCCCUGAGAAACAUCACUGAUGAUCCACGUAUCCGGCUUUUGAAUCGAUUGUAUGCAAGAAAGAGGAAAGAAUUAAAAGAGAGAGAGAAGUUAAAGAAUGUCGAAACUGUGGAGGAGCAGUUGGAUGACCGCUCAGUUGAUGAUCUCUUGUCAUUUAUAAAUGGUGGAGAUGGAGAUACAAAGGUGGCCAGAACCAACAGGAGUAAAAAGAAAAAUCGGAGGAGAAAAGAUCAAUCAAAGGUGUUGCACGAUCUUUCUUCUGCUUGCCAUGUUGGUGAGGUUAGCAAUGGUUUGUUGGCAUCUUCCAGUACAUGUUCAAAAUUGCAAGAUUCUGCAGUUACGAGUUUUUCCCCAAACGUCGAGUUUGAUGAUGGUGAUAUUGAUGAUGAUAUAGAUCCUGCUAUGAAGGAAGAACUCGACAGGGAAGUGGAGGAUUUUGCACGAAGAUUGAAUUCAGAUUGGCCAGAAAGAAUGCAAGAAAUUUUAUCUUUGGGCCAAGAAAGAAGGCUGAUGCCUAUAUGCAUGGGUAAAUAUAUGAGUGUAGACCAGAGAUAAUGAAAUGGUAGAUAACUCGUUUCUACCAUUGGUCAGCAGCUUGGGUGUUUUGGAGCAGAUGGCGAUGUGGAGGUUGUUGCUGUCAAAGGCUAGAAGAGUUCACAUUUUUCCGUGUGUACAUCAUGUGAGUAUUUUUGUUCGUUCUGCGAUUACCCAAAUGCAAUCUCUUUCCAUAGGUGUAUUGUAUUGUGGAAAAAGAAGAAAGGGAAAAAUAAGAUUAAUGGAAAAUAUAGUUGGUAAUCUAGCAUGAUCUGUUUAUUUUGUUUUAACGUUAUUUGUUGUAUCAGGUGGUUUGUAAUUUUCUGCAAUUGCCGUUGGGUGGUUCAUGUAGUAUGUACUUCUUUAGAAUAUGUCAAUUUCAUUAUAUUUAUUUAAAUUAUUAUACCUUUGAGGCCCUUCUAGCCUCUGUGUUAAUGGAAAAUUAAGUAGUUAUACAAAGAGUGCAAUAUAAUGUUUUCGGGUAAGUAUUCAUAAA